AUGAGUGUUACAGCAGAAAGCACAAAUAGUAUUUGUAAUUGUAACACCAUCAUGUUUAGACUAGAGGUGAUACUUAUUCUAUUAAGCUUCAUUGAGGAUUAUAGUCUUGAAGGUAAAAAAGAUAACAUUUUUCCAUUCAGAAAAACACAAGUGAGGCUAGUUGGUGGUGAUAAUGAUGAGCAAGGCAGACUAGAGGUCAAAGUGAAUGGCACUUGGGGUACAGUAGCCCCCCUAAGAGUAAUUGAACGUGGGCCAACAGAGCUACAAAUAAGCCAGGAGAUAUGUAAAAAGUUAGGCUUUCCACCAAAUGCAGCAAGGUAUGUAAGAGACAAGUUUGGUCCAGGUGAGGGGUUGAUAUACACAAUGCAAACUAAAGUGUCUCAGAAGAAACCAAAACAGCCAUUUAAGUUUUGGCUUGAAGAGUGUCAUGGAAAAAAGAAUGGACAGUUUUGCACUCAUAAUGACGAUAUUGGUUUCGAGUGUGAUAGAUGGAAACUUCUUUAUUCAGAUGUUAAAUUCGAUGGAUAUUUAAAUACAUACAGAAAUCAAGGCUGGAAACCAAUCACAUUUUACCCUAGUUAUUCCAGUGGUAAUUUAGAAACAAACCUUUUUUAUUACAUAAACCAUCGUGUUGCAUGCAACACGUUUGGUGCUGACACAUCAGAUACAAGGACCCUAGGCAAGGAUUCAUACGCUAUCAAACAUGUACCUAGUGACUUUAGUCAAAACUGGCCGGAGUAUAUUUGUUCAAAUGAAGUCAAAAUCAAAGAAAAUAAACACUGUUCUAUCAACAUUUCAACUGAGACAAAAUUUAACAUUGAGAAAUUCAAAACAACUGUUCAACUGGAAUGUGAGAGAAAACAGCAGAGAAAAAUUUUCCAAAAAGAAUUAAAACAGUGUGUCUCAAUAAAAAUGUUAAGGGCAUAUAUGAAUAAAAUAAACAGAGUAGUCUACUUUGAUUGUCCACUAAAUUAUCAGGUGAAAAAAAUCACCUUAAGACAUGGAAAUGAUUCUGUUAUAUUUGGUUAUCCAGAUGUUUGCACGAUGCAUUCUAACAAGUGGUGCUUAGAUGAUAAAAAAAUGAAGUUCUAUUUUAACAAAAUUAAGAACUAUUGUAAAGGUCUUAGGAGAUGCCAGCCCAUGGGAGAAUUCAUUCAUAACUUUUACGUAUCAUGUAAUGCUACUGAGCAGCUGGCGCGCAUCUUCACAUACAACUGUGAACCAAUUUCAAGUGAAUUUUGGACACAAACUGUUGACUAUUAUGGUUUUCGAGAAUUUGGGAAAAUGCAUACAUAUUUUGAGGUAAAUGAUAAUAUGUUAUACAAACAUGAAACUUGGGGAAUAACUAGACUGCUUGGAGAUUCAAUCGAAGAAGUAACAAAAAAGAUCGCGUGCGAUGAAUUUGAGUUCAAAAAAUCACCACAGAGACAUGAAGAGGAAAGCGAAGAUUACCAUUUCAUGGAUCCACUCAUGGAUCGUUGGAAGGAACAUUACCAUCUGGGAUGUGGUCCCAAAGACAAACAUCUGGAUGAUUGUAGAAUAUCAACCCAUAAACAAGGACAUGGAACAGAAUUUGAGAGGAACUUGAGAUGUAUUGAUGAGUCGCCUCAAAACCAUCGUUAUGGUUCUUGUGCGGUCUUUGAUAGCUAUGAUAAAAAUGGGAAAACGACAUGCGACUUUCAUCGUAUGGACCCCAAUCCUCCCAGUGAGCUAUGCUGCAACUGUUGGUUGUUGUUCCAAGACCCAUUCACACUUGAAGCACACCCAUGGGGAGCCAUGUCCAAAGCUGCAAAAUCAGCCUGUAGUUUCAAAGGCCAUGAAAAAAUAUGUCCGUGUGUUCCUGAACUAUGGAAGAGAAUAUAUAUAUCAUAUAACUAUUAUUGACAUCUUGUAUCAUAACAUGAUUACAUUAGUCAUAACUAUGAAAAACUAUAUAUCUUAACUACAAAUACUAACUAAAGCAAAAGUACAAAAAUAUAUAUGAGAUACACAAAAACCCAAAAUAAAAGGUAGUAUACAUCAUGAUGAAAUGAC